AACCAAAUCAAACUCAAACGGCGCCGCUCAAAACUGUGCCCUGAACCUCGCAGCAGCAAAUGUGCACUCGGGAGAGGAUUAAGCGUAUACAGGCCUAAUUUAUCCUUCACGGGCCUUCCCGAAACCAAAAUGGCCCACAUUAACACGCCUAAGCAAAGCCCGCAUCCUUUCAUCAGAUAGAGAGAAGAUUAAACUUGGGCUCAAUUCUGAAAGAUCUCAAACCAGAAAACAGUACGAAAAUAUCAACGGAUACCAAAAAUCAAGAAAAAAGCAAACCGAACAAGAUCUUGAAAGAGCGAGCUCGAUUUUCGCUCAUCACAGUCUUCCGAAGACAAAAACGAUAAAUGAAAUGAACCCAAUCUGCAACGCGGCAACCACCGCUACCCUCCAACCGCUAAUUCCUCCGCCCCUCCUCCGCCGCACCAACCAACUCCAAUCCUCCCACUCUCACUUCCUCCACACCACUCUCUCUCUAUCCUUCCCUUUAAAACGACACAUUAUCACCCUCAGAUGUCGCGUCAGAGCCUCCGCGUCGGGUUCCGAGAUCGACAUGGUGAAGAACAAGGAAGGCGUGUACGCGCCGAAGCAGAAGAAGGUGGUGAUUCUCUGGGACCUCGACAACAAGCCCCCUCGUGGGCCUCCUUACCAAGCCGCCAUGUCCCUUAAGCGCGUCGCCGAGAAGUUCGGCCACGUCGUCGACGCCUCCGCCUACGCCAACCGCCACGCCUUCGUGCACCUUCCCCAGUGGGUCCUCGACCAGCGCCGCCAGAGGAAGACCCUCGACAUCCUCGAGCGCAAGGGCGUCGCCGUCCCUUCCAUGCCCUACGUCUGCAGCGUCUGCGGCCGCAAGUGCAAGACCAACCUCGACCUCAAGAAGCACUUCAAGCAGCUCCACGAGCGGGAGCGGCAGAAGAAGCUGAACCGGUUGAAAUCCCUGAAGGGGAAGAAACGGCAGCGUUUUAAGGAGCGGCACAUCUCGGGGAACCACAAGUACAACGAGGCGGCGAGGGAUUUGCUGACGCCGAAAGUCGGGUACGGGCUGGCGUCGGAGCUCCGUCGGGCGGGGGUUUUCGUGAAGACGGUGGAGGACAAGCCUCAGGCGGCGGAUUGGGCGCUGAAGCGGCAGAUGCAACACUCGAUGAGCAGAGGGAUCGAUUGGCUGUUUCUGGUCUCCGACGAUUCGGAUUUCUCGGAGAUGUUGAGGAGGGCUAGGAACGCCAAUUUAGGGACGGUGGUCGUCGGGGAUUGGGACAAGGCGCUGGGGCGGCACGCCGACGUGUGGGUACCGUGGAUUGAGGUCGAGAAUGGGAAGAUUACGGAGAGCGAUUUGGUGCCCAAGCGUAGGAGUGGAAGCGAUGAGAUGUUUGGUGAUGAUGGUUUUGAUGAUGUUGGUGAUCUUGAUAGAGUUGUUGAUGAGCUUGUGGUGACGAGCGAUCGCUUAAAUGGCGUGAGGAUUUCGGCGUUUUCGGAAGGGGAAGAGGAAGAAUGGGAGGCAGAGGAAAUGGGUGAAGAAGAGUAUCUGUUUGGGGAUAGUGAUGAUGAGGAAAUGGAAGUGGAAGAUUGGAUUUUUUGACAUGUAAAUGAGAAAGAACUAGCUACAUUGAUAUGGGUUGGAAAAGUGAUGUUGAGGAUGUACAGUUUGAUUGUUUACGAUGGAGAUGAGGGAAUGUUACCCGAAGCAUAUCUCAUUGGAUGGAUGUCGCUGCCGCGAAGUGAGCUUUUUUGGGACUUUCACAAAGCGGACUACUAUCAGUAGCAUCUUCCUGCGAGUCUGCCUAGCUGUUGUCCUUCUCCGGAUUUAUCCGGUGAGGGUGGAAUCAUUUUUAAUUUAUGUGUAUUUUUUAUAAGAAAAAAUAUUAUAACGAAUCAUGAAUCAUGAUUCAAAUCAGAUAAUAAAUCUUUCAAUCAAACGGGAUGUUAGUGAUUCAAAGCCAAUACAAUA